AAACAGCCUUCGGGAACCGGAUCAAGGGCUUUUUGAAUUUCUACUCAGGGAGGAGUCGCGGAGCCGGCAUUAGCAGCAAGCAAGCCAAGCGAAGCAAAGCCAAAUCUGAGCGCGAAAGAGGCCGCUUCGAUCCUCGAAAGAAGCUCUCGUAUCGCAUGGGAUGCGCGACGUUGCAUUGCAAUGCCAUGAUGUGAGCGAGGAAUCUGUAACGCAGCGCCACAGGGUUGUGUUGGUUGAAGUAGUUUUUUGUUCGGAUUCGAGCUGCCUGUUUUUGAAUCAGGGGGCAACGAAUGACGACGACCCCUGGCCAGGGUGAGUCGUGGAGUGUGUCGCUUCGGGGAUGAGAUUGUGCGCGAGUUGGAGGUUUUCUUUUGGUUUAGGUUAGCGGCAGUUGUUGAUUUCUUUGUCUAGUUUUUCGUUUCGCCGGUGGUUACGAGGAGUUCAGCUAUGAGUGAAGACCUUCUGCGGUCAAGCGGACGGUUCGCGUGCGGCAGAGUCAUUACUCUUGUACUCUCUCUGCGUCUGGAUGUGUGCAGAUUGCACAGAGAGAUCUAGUCACUUCAUUGUACGUUCUCAUGGUGGCAGCAGAUUAGUCGAAAUCCGCUCAUUGGUUUGGUUCCUGACUGGCUUGGACUUGGACUUUUCUUUCUCGUCCCGUCCGUUUAGAUGGUCUGCAGUGCGGAGUGGAGUGAUGUGAAAGAGCAGAGAAGAGUAGUGCCGCGUCGUCUCUGAAUCACUGCGUUGAAUGUAGUCCCUCCCUCUCUCAUCAUUAUUGACCUUACUGCUUUUAUACGCAGCUGGGGUUUAGUCUUAAGGAUACUGUGUUGGAAAGUUGGCAUGUGCCUGCAGAACGCAGGCUGUUACAUUUGUUCGUUUAUGUCAGAUGUCCUGCGAUCUAAAUAAUAUUUUACAAUCCAAGUGUUGUCUACAAGUAUCUACCAAAUCGAGAGGUUUAGGUCAUGGUUAAGUUGUAGUUUAGUAGCGAGAGAGUAAGAGAGAGGAAGAGACUAUGGAAGGAAACGUAGUCUCUGAUUUAGUGUGGCAGCUCGCGGUGCGCAUCUUUCCUAGUGGUGGCAAAAGUGCAGAAAAUGGUGGUCAUGGGCCGCAGAAAAGGCUGGGUGAUCCGACUGUGCAUCGGGCUCACGAGUACGCAAUGCGCAUUAUUGGAAGCAGAAUUUCUCCUUCUCUCGCUAAUGACGAAGCUGCAGUGGCGGAGGCAAUUAAGAGACAACUAGUCCAAGAGAAUCGGUCCGCGGACGCCCUUAGUUUUGCAGAUUUGCAUAGGAGGUUAUCAUCUUUUAGUGGGCCUGGUUCUAUUGAGAGUCGAUGGGCUUUAUUGUACCUCCUUCGUGCAAUUGUGGAAGAUCAGAAAAGAGAGAGAACGGGAACAAGAGGCACCGCUAUAUCAUUCACGUCCACCUUCUCAGGGGGCUUAAAGCGUUGUGUUUCAGGUGCUGCGGCCCACGGAGGCCUCCCUUCAUUACCGACGAAUAGCAUGCACCCCAAGUUACCAAGUUACUCACCGGAGCACGAUGUAUCAUCUGGCAGGUCUUACUCUUCCAGAAAUGGCACCUCUCAAUCUCAGUCAUUGUCGCAUUCUGUGCGCGCACAAUUACCAAGUUCUCCUGGAGGUGUUCUCAUUCUGACAAAAGAUGACGGAAACGCGAAGUCAGCUGCAAUGAGAGAAUAUCUUGAAAUUAUUCAAUCAGAAUCAGAUGUUUCAGAGAUGGCCAUAGUGCGGGAUGUCCUCUACGCAUGUCAGGGCAUUGAUGGCCGUUAUGUGAAAUACAAUGAAGAUGCCGAUGGGUACAUGAUUGAUGAAUCUAUUAGGGUGCCGAAAUCGACAAGAACUCUAGUUCGGCGUCUUUGUGAAGUAGGAUGGUUGUACUUGCGAGUCAAGAAUCAUAUUUCCGAGAGCCUUGAGAAUGGUCCAUUGGAAGCAAUAGGUACAGUAGGCCAAGCAUUCUGUGCCGCUCUUCAAGAAGAGCUUGCAGACUUCUACAGAUUGAUGGCAGUCCUUGAGAGUCAGGUUCAUCAUCCCAUUCCCCUCAUGGUAGGAGCUGACUCCGGGAAUUCUGUUGGGAACUAUUUAUCUCUCAGAAGAUUGGUGGUGUGGCUUGGCGAACCGUUGGUCAGAAUGCGAUUAAUGGCUGUAUUGGUAGAUGACUGCAAGACUUUGAGGGGUGGAGCGAUGGCAGGAGCCAUCCAUAUGCACGCUCAACACGGUGACUCAUUGGUUCGUACUUUUUUAAGGCGUCUUUUGCGCCAAGUCUCCUCUCCACUUUUUGAAAUGGUUCGAAGGUGGGUACUUGAAGGUGAGAUUGAUGACUAUUAUGCAGAAUUUUUUGUUUCGGCCCAGUCAGUAAAAGCAGAAGCACUGUGGCGGGAGGGUUAUCAACUUCAGACUGCUAUGCUACCGUCUUUUAUCCCGGAACCUCUUGCUCAACGUAUUUUAAGAACAGGAAAAUCUAUCAACUUUCUUCGAGUCUGCUGCUCAGAUCAAGGAUGGGCGCAAGCUGCCUCUGAAGCAGUUGCUGCUGCAGGGGCCUCUGCUAGCGGCGGUAUUCUUGGUUAUGGUGAAAUUGAAGUGCUGGAGGCUCUUGUUGCUGAAGCAGCUGGCAGGAUUGACAAACAUCUCAUACAAAUCAUGUACAAAAGGUAUCGAUUUCCGGAGCAUUGUCUGGCUAUUAAGAGGUAUCUCCUUCUAGGGCAAGGCGACUUUAUACAAUGUUUGAUGGAUCUUGUUGGACCAGAGCUUGCUCAACCAGCCAACACCUUAAGCUCUUUCAAGCUGUCUGGGACUUUAGAGAGUUCUGUGCGUGCAUCUAAUGCUCAAUACGAUGAUGGAGACGUACUUGAUCGGCUCAGGGUGCGCAUGAUGCCGCAUAAUGAUGGGGACAGAGGAUGGGAUGUCUUUUCUCUUGAGUAUAAUGCUCGAGAACCUCUAACUACACUGUUUACUGAAGUAGUGAUGGGCAAGUACCUGAAAGUCUUCAACUUUUUGUGGAGGCUUAAGCGUGUGGAGCAUGCUCUUUGUGCAACUUGGCAAACAAUGAAGCCAAAUUGCAUGAUUGCUCGGUUAUGGUCAAAUAAAGAAGGUGGGGGGCAGUCUCAGCUAACCAUAGUUUUGAGAAGGUGCCAGACCCUGCGGAAUGAGAUGAACCAUUUUGUGACUAAUCUUCAGUAUUACAUCAUGUUUGAAGUUCUGGAAUACUCAUGGUCCAACUUUCUCGAAGAAAUGGAGGAAGCACAUGACCUUGACGAACUCAUCGCUGCCCACGACAAGUACUUGGGUUCCAUUUUGGAAAAGGCCUUGUUGGGUGAACGUUCUCAGUUGCUUUGCAAGACGCUCUUCAGCCUCUUCGAUCUCAUUUUGCGAUUCAGAGGCCUAGCAGACAGGCUGUAUGAGAACGCACGUGAGGUUCAGACCAGGGGGGAUCCAUCAUCGAGGUCAAGGGUGAAGAGUGAUACACUGUCUAAACCUCGCCCUGGACAAAGGAAAUUGUCUACUACACAGCUAUCAGGUGAUUUUCUAGGAACUCUUGGAGAAGAGAUGCAUGGGGUUGCUGUGGAAUACUCAUCUCUGCUUGAAGGAUUCAUAGCGCAGUUGCCAGUGCAACAACAUGUAGAUUUGAAGUUCCUGUCGUUCCGACUCGACUUUUCUGAGUUCUACACUCGUCAGCAUAUGAGUACAUCUACCCCUCCGAUUCGGCUGCAUCGGACUCCUACCAAAGUGCAGAAACCCUCAAUUGGGACAGAUCCUGCCUGAAUCUGAAGUAGGAUUAGGGUAAGAAUUUUGAACACACUUUCAACUAUCCACUGAAUUUGUGAACACACUUUCAAUCUGAUAUCUGUCAUAUGUGGUGGGAGCUCUUCAUCGUAGUUUGGGCUCUCCUUUUUGAAAGCCACUUCUCGCUGAGGUCUUGCUCAUGUUGUAAUAUAUAAAUAUACACAAAUAUACAGUAUUUACUUA